AUGAACACAAGUACAGAUCCAAUUGUGAGCACCAACCAAAAGAUAAGAGUGAGGUGGCAGAAAGUUAAGGAAGCUUAUGAAGCAGCGAGGAUGGAACGACCCCAUCUGAUCCCACGAAGAACCGCCGACAUGCUUAAAUGUCGUUGGGAUAGAGUUGCUCUAGCAUGUUUGAAGUGGUCUGGAAGUUAUGAUGAGGCUCUUAGGAGGAAGAAGAGUGGCACGACAGACAAAGAUUAUAACAAGUGGAAGCAAGUGGUAAAAACUAAUCAAAAAAAACAAUUGGAUCAACAACCAACUGGUGAUGUUAGUAGUAAAAGUAGUGGGAAAAGAUCAAGGACGGAAGAAGAUUCUGAAACACCAACAAGUGAAGCUCAAGGAGGAUCAUCCACUCGCCCCGAGGGUGUGAAGAAGGCUAAGGCUCGCAUGACUGGGAAAAUGGUUGCAGAUCAAUCAAUUCAAGCUUUGAGUGCAUUUGGAGAGAAAUAUCAAAUGAAUUGGGAGAUCUAUAAAUCAUUAAGAAAAAAGGAAACUCUUCAGUCAUGGGAAGCUGAUAUGAUGGUUCAACUUGGACAAUACCUUCAGAAUUACAAUCGUCAGUAG